ACGUUCUCAUAGAGUAUUGCCCUUCGAAGGCUCCACAGUUUAGCUCUAUCAUAGCCUCAGUCUUUCAGCGAGAUGUCCCUUCUAUCCGCUCCAGAUGCACGAGAUCAGAACUCGAGUUCCGCCAAUGAGGAACCGUUCAGAACCUCCAAGGCUCGAGUUUCAGCAGCUUGUCAGGAAUGUCGCAAUCGCAAAGUUAGAUGCGACGGAGCUCGUCCAUGUAUGGGAUGUCAACAUAACAGGAUAGAGUGCGUGUAUGGAGACACUAAACCAUCCAAACAGGAGAGAGCUUUAAUUCGCAUACAUGAUACUCUGGCUAUUAUGUCCAAAGAUCUUCGAGACGCACGCGGCGAAAUAGAAAGGCUCAGCAGAGGCGAUCCUCUCUCACAUUUCGUACCACUUGAUCUUGGACAAGAAAGUGGAGCAAAAUCGUUCUCGCGUGAAGAGCUACACCAGCUUUCUAAGUCUUACAUCGAGCAUGCGCAUCCACUACAUCCAUUUUUCGACAAACCUCAGCAUAUGUGCAACGAAUUCAUCAAUAACCCAUUCUUACAGAGAGGUAUUAUCAACCCGUGCCUAAGGAAUGUCCAUGUACUAUUCUUUUUUGCAUUGGGAAGCUGCCAAUCAGUUGCCAAAAAUACAUGCCGCUCAAGUACCAUGCCAGGCAUAGCAUAUUACUCUUGCGCGAAAGCCAUCCUCAAGUAUAAACUUGGAGAGCGUAAUAUCCCCGUUGCGCAGGCCUUGACUCUGGCCGCACUCUACAUGAACCAAAAUGGGAUGCUUCACGAUAGCUUGACGUAUCUUUACAACGCUCGAGACAUAUACAUAGACGUUGUCAAGACUAAUACGUCUCUCUCUGACGAGGCAAAGAGGAGUUUUUGGAUUUAUUGGGAGCUGAAAUGUGGUAUCGACAACUACUCCAAUUGGGCAUCUGAUCCUUUGCGCAACCACUUGAACACAUUAGUUCCAGAGAAAAAUGUGGAACGGUCUCCUGAAAGAGUUUACUGGAACAAAAUAGCUCUCCGAAUCCUACUUGAUGGUUUGCGCGAUUCUGCGCGUUUACAUCUCUCAACAAAGAUAGAAAUGGAUGAGAAGGAUCUGUGUGAUUCCGUGCGCCCGCAUCUCCCGACGGCGCCCCGAUAUGUCCCGACAACAAGGGAGAUGGAUGAAAAGGACCUGUGUGGUUUUGUACAUCUCGCAAACGAGCACAUCGGCAUGUUGGAAGUAUGGAGAUCGAAUUUAGUCCCACAAUUGACCUGGAAAGAUACAGAACCUCCAUCAACUGACCCUAUCAAAGCCUCACUACAAGCAGAAUACUACGAGGGUGCGGCUGCACUGUUGAGGCCAUAUCUGGACAUUGCAGUACAUGCAAUGCGUUACAAUGCUGACUCUGUAUCGAAAGAGUUAUCGGAAGGACAGCAAGGGAUUCUCAAAGUCCUCUUCGACUGGGAGAAACACGCUCUCUCAAGUAUGGUCUGCUUUGACCGUGUUGGGACAGCUUCCGACAGCAAAUACGAGAUGUAUCAAAGCACAGGUGGCAGCUCAGUAAUAUCAAGCAACCCCGUCAACACACUCCAUGCGAAAUUCAAAAAUGUCUUCCUUUUGCGCGCUCUUCGUUUCUCUGCAAUUCAUCCAUGGAUCGCUGAGCAAACAAGACUCACAGAUGAGAAAGUGGAUAAACUCCAUCGCUACACUAUCAAAAGCUUGUCUAGUUUUCGUCCAGGUCAUCGAACCUUGACUCGAGAUCUUGAGGCUUUGAAUCGGCUUCAGUCACUAGGAGACUCAGUGCCGUGGAUGGACCUAGUUUCAGCGUAUGAGUAGUCCUAGAACGGAAAAUGCCAGGUCUGCCUAUAUUCUCAGGUACUUCUUGCUUUGAAGCUAAGCUAAGUCUUACACAAUCUCAUUCUGUUACCUUAUUUUACCUCACAAAAUACCAAGAGCCCGGCUAUAGCAAACGCUAUUGGUGAACCUAUACAUACGAGUCCCAUGGUCGAAAAACAAAAAGAGUUCACAUUCCAGGUGUCGCUGAUAUAAUACUGUCGUGGUCGGGGCGUGAUUAGCAAGACUUUUACAAGAUAGAACGUACCUAAAAGGUCUUCUAUUUAGCAACAAUCUCACUAGGGGAGAGGCCAAGGAAACCGUUACGAGACAGAAAGUAACCUUAUGAAUCUG